AUGGCCUGCGGACAUAAAGAUAGCUCCUAUCCGCGGGCCGGUCGUAGCAAAUAUGCAAGAAAGAGACGAAUGGGUGAGACGGAUGAAAUGGCAGAUAACGUCGAUGUUGAGAAAGGAAUGUCGUCGAUGGGAGUAGCAGGCGACAUAAACUUACAGCAUCAUGCCGACGCAACAGCACGCAAAGCUACUACAACCACAACUUCACCACUUCAACACCAACAACACUGCCAUCAUGAAUCCGAAGAGCAAGAAAUAUCCCGCUUCCCCACCCACACCUCAACCAACACUUCCCGUCCCAACGGCCCCAAAACCGCAAUCCUCCACCUCGCAAAAACGCUGACCACCCGCUCCAACGCCACCCUCACCAACCCGCCCCCACCCCCAGACGGCGGCCUAACAGCCUGGACACAAGCCAUAAUGGGCCACUUCGUAAUCCUAAACACCUGGGGCAUGAUCGCCACCUUCGGCGUCUUCCAACAAUACUACACCCUCCAUCUCUCCCUCGAACCCAGCGCCGUCUCCUGGAUCGGCAGCGUGCAAAUGCUGGGCCACUUCAGCCUGGGCAUGUUAACCGGCCGCGCCUUUGACGCCGGGUUCUUCUACUGGAGCGUUAUCCCCGGAAUGCUAUUGUCUUGUCUCGGUAUCUUUCUCACCAGUUUGUCUAGGAGUUACUGGCAGUUUUUCCUCACCCAGGGCGUGUUGGUCGGUGUGGGGAAUGGGAUGCAAUUUGCACCCACAUUGGGUCUUGUGAGCACGUAUUUCUCACGCAACAGGAGUGUUGCGCUUGCUAUUAUGGCGAGCGGGAGUGCCACGGGUGGGUUGGUGUAUCCGUGUCUGGCGAGACAGUUGAUUCCACGCGUGGGGUUUGAGUGGGCGGUUCGCACAAUGGGGUUUAUGAUGUUAGCCAUGGGCGUGUGUUAUUGUGCCCUCCUCAAACCGCGGUUACCGCCUCGUAAAACGGGGCCUGUGCUCGAGUUGGCGGCGUUUAAAGAGAUGCCGUAUUCCGUGUUUUUGCUGGGCGUGUUUUUGAUUGCGUUGGGUCAGUAUUUUGCGUUUUAUUACAUCUCGUCGUUUGCGAUGGAUGUGCUGGAUUUGGCAUAUGGGACCAGUAUUAAUGUGCUGUUGGUCCUUAACGGCGUGGGUGUACUGGGAAGGUUGAUCCCUAGCUUCUUUGCGGAUAAGUAUACGGGCCCGUAUAAUAUUCUCAUUCCGUUUUGCUUUGUUUCGGCGUUUGUGCUGUUCUUUUGGCCGUUGGUGAAGAGCGAGGCUGGGCUUUAUGCUUGGGCGGUUUGCUAUGGUUUUUUUGUGGCGGGCUUUCAGGGGAUUUUUCCCGCGGCCAUGACGACGCUGACGACGGAUAUGAGCAAGGUUGGAACGAGGAAUGGUCAGGGUCUUGCGGUUGUGGGGCUGGGGACAUUUAUUGGGCCGCCGAUUGCUGGGGCGCUGAUACAGAGUGCUGGGGGAAGGUACCUUGGUGCACAGGUUUUUGCGGGGGUGGCGGUGCUGGUGGGGAGCUGUGUGUUGGUUUGGGGGAGGUGGUGUAUCACGGGGAAGACGUUCAAGGUUCGGGUGUAG